CACGUGAGUAUCAUGCUACAUAUGUAUAGCAUUACGUCAUAGUAACACUCUUCUCUUUGUAGUCUAACAGUUGCAUUAGUAGGGUCUUGUUUUGUAUGCAAGAUGAAGAGAUGGUCAUUGUUUAUUAUCUGGUCUUUGUUUGGUGUUAUUUCAUCCCAUCCUCAGUGUCUCGACUUUCUUCCCCCAUUUUCUCCUCAAAAUCCUUUGUCAUUUUGUUACCGUCAUUCGUCACUUGCAUGCUGCACUACAAGUGAUGAUGCAGCACUGAGAUGGAACAUAGAAGAGACGUUAAGAGUGAAGAAUAUUACCGUUCUUAGAGAUCAACCCAUCGAGACUUGCUAUGGCCAUUUGCGAGAUCUUGUGUGCUCUCAAUGCUCUCCCUGGUCACAACAUCUUUAUGACCGUGGAGAUCUACACAAAAUAAGCAACAUCUCUCUUCUACAUCGGUUACCAGGAAUGUGUUCUUUAUAUUGUAAUAAAUUCUUCAAUUAUUGCUCGACUACAAGUGAUUUCUUACUGCAACUAUUGGGUGAUGAUUUCCCUUCAAAUGUGAGUGAUUAUUGUGACAAUGUGCAGAGAUCAAAUGAUGCAUCCUAUUGCUAUCCGUUUGAAGAAGACGCGGCCAAAUAUGAGAGACGCAAGCCGGAAACAAUAUUCCCAACGAGUGAUGUGUGUGUGUGCUUGAAGCCUAUUGUUAGUGAGUUGAGAAACCCACUGGCUGCUGUAUCGCCCGGAGAUGGAUCGAAAAGGCUUUUUAUAAUUGAGCAGAUUGGUGUGAUUCACAUCUUGUUGAAUAAGAGGCUGCUGGAUAAGCCAUUUCUUAAUAUUUCCUCUAGUGUAGUUGACGUGUCGGUUCGAGGUGAUGAACGUGGAUUGUUGGGCAUUGCAUUUCAUCCGAAAUACAAAACAAAUGGACGUUUCUUUGUCUACUACAUGAUGUGGAUUUAUAGAAAGGGGGAUGCUGUUCUUGUCAGUAGGGUUUCAGAGUUCCGGGUCUCUUCUGUUGAUCAGAAUGUUGCAGACAGGAAUAGUGAGCGAAUUGUGAUGUCAAUUGAUCAACCAAGCUGGAAUCACAAUGGAGGACAGCUGCUGUUUGGAGACGAUGGAUUUCUCUAUGUUUUUCUAGGAGAUGGAGGAUCAGCCGGUGAUCCUCAUGGUGAGAUAGGAAACGGACAAAACAGAAGCUCUCUGCUUGGUUCUGUGCUUCGUAUUGAUGUCGAUCACUACAACAGUUCACAUGCGUAUUCGGUGCCAAGCUGCAAUCCGUUUGUUGGUGUAAACAGUGUAAGAGCGGAGAUAUUUAGUUAUGGACUGAGAAAUCCAUGGAGAUGCUCGUUUGAUCGAGGAGAUGCAAUAACAGGUUCGGGUCGUGGACGACUGUUUUGCGGUGAUGUCGGUCAAAAUCGGUUUGAAGAAGUUGACAUUAUAGAGAAAGGUGGAAACUACGGUUGGAGGGGAAAAGAAGGGAACACUUGCUACAAACGGUCACAAUGCUCUAACAUUGACGAUGAGAAACUGCCUAUAUUUGCUUAUUCUCACAAUAUUGGCAGGUCUGUUACUGGAGGUUAUGUAUAUCGAGGCUGUUCAUUUCCAUCGUUGAGAGGAAAUUAUAUUUUUGGAGAUUAUUCUACAGGGAGAUUAUUCACAAUGACAGAAGCGGCUACAAAUGGCGAAUGGAAGACGGAAGAGUUAUGUAUUGCAGAUCAAACAGUUUGCCACGGUGGAUUAACAUCAAAGAUACCAAAGGCAAUACUUUCAUUUGGAGAAGACGAAGAUGGUGAGCUAUAUCUUCUCGCCGUGCCACGUGCACUUCCUAAGCGACCAGAUGGAACUCUAUACCAAAUUGUGGAUCCAUAUGAGAGAGUGAGUCCUGAAUUGUGUAAUAUUCGUCGCAGUCGUCCCGUGGGUGUUCAUCCUUUACCUGCAGCUGCAGUUGGAGAUUGUAAGAUUGGGGACGUAAAUGUUGAAAUAAACAACCCAGAUCCAACUCUGGUCACUCAGUUGCAGCAACGAAGAGAGGACGAAUGCAAUGAAUGUGAAAGACGGCCGUUUGAAUACUCACUUUCUGACUACGAUUACAGUUUGAGAGUGCUUAUACUUUCUAUCAACGAGCAACAAGACAAUUCCCUGGUUGUCACAGCUCGAGUGAUCAACAGUUACUAUGGCCUUCGAUUGCAAUAUCCCACUACCAUCCACUUGAUUCAAUCAGCAGACAGUGUGAAGUGUGGAUGUCCUCACUUUAACGUUCACCGUCAACACUUGGUGUUAGGCCAUCUACAUAAUAACUCACAAUUUAUUAUUGAUACAAACACGCAUGUCAUUCUGUGGAGCUUCGACGCAUGGAAAUCAACUCGAAACAAGUGAGAGAUGGUCGGUCACCAGAUACAGCAAAAUGGCUUUUUAUGACAAACAUGAGAUUUGAAGUUUUCACUUGAGUGCAUGUAAAUAGGUGCAUUUUGCUCUAUUCAUGUAGUGAGAUGUUGGAGAUACAAUAUGUAUGUGUAAUAAUACACGUAUGUAGGACAUGUAGCAAAUCACUUUCGGUUAAUUUUGUUGGAUCAUAAUGUCUUCAUUUACCAUUACAUUUAGAUAGUAUUAAUCACCAUUACAUUUAUAGUACUUCAA